GUUUAUAUUCAUAUCGUAUUCUUCCGCAUGUUGGCUUUCUUCGUAGAUGGUCUCUGGCGAGCGUUGUCUGGCGGUGGACGACGACUUCUCGACGAAUAACAUGAAGGAGAUGAUCGGAGGUUGCUGUGUGUGUUCAGACGAAAGAGGUUGGGCAGAAAACCCACUUGUGUACUGCGACGGACACGGUUGCAACGUCGCCGUGCAUCAAGCCUGCUAUGGCAUCGUGCAGGUGCCUACAGGGCCUUGGUUCUGCAGAAAGUGUGAAUCUCAGGAGAGAGCAGCCCGUGUGAGAUGUGAGCUGUGUCCUCACAAAGAUGGAGCCCUCAAGAGGACAGACAAUGGAGGCUGGGCCCACGUGGUUUGUGCCCUUUACAUACCUGAGGUGGAGUUUGCUAAUGUGUCGACUAUGGAGCCCAUUGUACUCCAGUCAGUGCCACAUGAGCGCUACAACAAGCCUUGUUAUAUCUGCGAGGACCAGGGCCGAGAGAGUAAAGCAGCCACUGGAGCCUGUAUGACCUGCAACAAACAUGGCUGCAGGCAGGCCUUCCAUGUCACAUGCGCCCAGUUUGCGGGGCUAUUAUGUGAGGAACAAGGAUCAGAUGCAGACAAUGUGAAGUACUGUGGAUACUGCAAAUACCACCACAGCAAACUGCGAAGGAGCAGGGGCCGUGGUAGUAGGUCUCAAAGCUUAAGUGACUCUACCUCUCAGUGUAUGGAUAGACCCCCAGAGAAGGACAAGAAGAAACACAAGGAACGGGACAGGAACAAACCGAAACACAAGAAAACCUCCAUGGAUAUGUCGCCCUCCCUCGUCCUUCCAAACAUCAUGGUCCCAGACAAAACCUACAACAGCACCAACUCAGGGGGAGGUAUCGCCUCUUUGUCCUCGUCCACACCAAAACGAUUGGACGACAACACUGGCCGUUUCACCAACGCCAACUUUCAGGAAGUGUCGUCCACUCACACUGGUGGCAUUUGCAAAGAUGGCUUGGCUGCAGACACUGGAAAGGCUGCGUCUGAGGUGAAGAACAAGAAGAACAGCGGCGCAAGUCAUGCAGUGGGACAGAGGGGUGGCCGCAAGUCUAUCGCCUCCUCAGGGAAACCCCUCCCCUCCUGUGUGGUCACCAUGGCAACCUCGUCCACAUGUGCCUCUGCUUCCACGGGGCCUUUCCACCAAGGCCUCCUGUUGACCAGUGCCAGCAAGACACCUGCUGCUCCAUCCUCCGCCGACUUCUUAAGUUUCUCUGAUUCAUCGUUGCGUCCUGGGGGUGGAACUACCUUUUCCUCCCCGCCAUCUUUCAGCAGUUGCCUUAUGAAGCCCAGCUCAGAGGGUGGAGCUUCAGAGGGAACGUCAACACUCUUCAGUUCACUUAUGUCUGCUACUACGGCCUCUGCAGUGGGGGGGAAGCUGUAUGAUAAUUCCCACAGUCACACAGUUAGCGAGAUGCCAAGCCUCGGUGGGACCGCUGGAUAUAAACGGCCACAGCCCUCCGGCUCAGGACCAGGGAUCGGUGGAGCAGUGGCAGGAGGAGGGGAUGAUGGCGUGAAGAAGAAAAAGAAAGGCAACUGGCGAAACAGAUUUGGACCUUGCUUCACUACAGAUGUGAAGCCUGCAGAGCCAGCCCCCACCCUGACUCUCCCCCCCUCCUCCACAGCCAGUACCUCCUCCUCCACCGUCUCCCCCUCCUCCUCUUCACCCUCAACAUUCUCAGGCCGUCCAGGUUUGGUUUCCAGCAGUGGAUUAGGAGUGGGAGGAGGAGGAGAGAGGGGGCUGGGGGUCAUGGGUGUCAGCGGUGGCAUUCAGAAGUCCCCGUCACUCCUCAGGAAUGGGAGUCUGCAAAGCAACAGUGGCUCCACAACCACUGUGCCAGGUAUUUUCUCUGGUGCUGAUGGGUCAUCGUCUGGGACAGGAACGGUUGCCGGCUCUGAGUUGCCGCAGCAGCAGCCCAUUCCCUCUCUAGCCCCCCCCUCUCCAUUCACUGCCACUGCACCGUUAACCAGCACAGCCUCCACACACGUGAGCGGUUUGCCAGGAUCCGUCUUUAACCUGGCUCCCUCCCACAUGUUUGGUAACAGGUUGAACCCAAACUCGGCCAUGGCAGCACUCAUCGCUCAGUCCGAGGCCUCACCAGCAGAUCAGGAGGUGGGAGACGGCAGCAGCAGCGUCAGUGCUCAGGGCUUCUCCAUAAGAGCUUCUCCCAAGACCACCCCACGCUCUCCCAUUGGUGGCCUGCAGAUCCGCUAUGACUCCUCAGGGUCGUUACCGGGGUUGCUAGGGGCAGGGGCGGGCGGCAUGGAAACGCUGCCCCCAGUGGCCACCAGCAUAGAACAGCUCCUGGAGAGGCAGUGGAAUGAAGGGCAGAGCUUCCUGCUGCAGCAGGGAGCACAUGGAGACGUGGUGGGGAUGUUGAAGUCUCUUCACCAGCUGCAGGAGGAGAACAGGAGACUGGAGGAGCAGAUUAAAACUCUGACCAUGAAGAAAGAGAGACUGCAGCUCCUCAGCGCUCAGCUGUCAGUGCCUUUCACCCCCACCACAGCCUCCUCUGAUGUGAAAGGAGCCCAGCUGGGGGCCACUGACUCAUCUUUACCUGUCGCAGCUCAGGACAGCACAUCAUGCGGUGGCCACAGCAGUAGUGGCUCUACCUCUUCCCUCUCCACCCCUCCCUCUGUCUCCCAGAGCCCGCCGCAGCUCAAUGGAGUCACCACCAUGGGGACGACCCAGGCAGGGCUGGGUGGGGUGACGGGGCUGAUGGGUGCGCUCGGUGCAGGGAGCACACUGGGCAUGGGUGGAAUUGUUGGGGCACUGAAUGGGGUGAUCCAGACACCAGCAGGAACUAGCAGCCCACACACCAACACUACCGGAGCAGCUACAAGCGUCCCAUUGCCUGUCAAUAACAGCAGCACAGCAGCCAAUAAGAACAGCGCUGCACGGCUCGGCCUGCUGUCUGAGCAGCACAAACUCCUCCUGCAGCAGCAGCAGCUCCAGCAGCUGCUGGCUUGUGGCACUUCUUUUCCCUCACCUUUCCCCUCUUUGUCCUUGUUUGCUCUCCCCUGCCCCCACCCUCGCCGCCACCACCAGGAGCAGCAGCAGGUGUUGCUGUACCAACUGAUGCAGCAGCAGCAGGACCUCCAGCAGUCCCUCUCCUCCUCUGCCCAGAUUACCACCAUGCCACUGUCUUCCACUCAGCUGUCCAUCAGCAACCUGCUACCUGCCGCCCAGAGCCAGGGCCAAGGCGCCAUCACCGCCAACCCCUUCCUGGCACUGCAGCACGCACACACUGAUGCACACACCUCGGGGACACAGAAGCAGCGGAUAGCUGAGAAGGCCAUGGGUGUCGGAGGGCAGGAGAAGACAUGA